UGCUUCAUUCAAAAUGGUGGCCCCCUGAAGCGGCAUGUGUAUCAACAAUUCCCAUCCAGACAGAGUAAAACAGAGUUAAUCUGUGAAGUUCUGUAGUUUCUGUUCUCCUGUUUGGAUUUACUCUACAGAGCUCAAAAUGAGGCUGAAAGUAAAACCUCUGUCUCACAAAUCGGAGAACACUUUCCGGUUUCGUUCUUUUUCUGAGAGGCUCGCAAAUGUUAACAUAGACGUCAUCCAUCGCAUUGAUCGGACGGGAAGUUAUGCAGAGGAAGUAGACACUUACUUUUUCGAAGGCUUAACAAAAUGGAAGGACCUAAAUUUAACACAACACUUCUUAAUGUUUCGGAGGGAGGUGAUGAACAAGAGCCAGUCCUUCAACAUGUUGGUCUUUCACCAAAAUGCGAUAGUGGAGAGUCUGAAGACUCAUUUGGCAGUGAAGAACAGCUUGGCUUUCGAGCCUCUUCUAGAUCUUGUGGUGCGGCUUGCCCGGGACCUCCAGACAGACUUUUACCCCCACUUUCCUGACUUCUUCAUCAUUAUCACCUCCAUCCUGGAGACACAGAGCACAGAGGUGCUGGAAUGGUCCUUUACCUGUCUGUCCUACCUGUACAAGUACCUGUGGAGACUGAUGGUCAAAGAUAUGGAGAGGAUAUAUGGUCUUUAUAGUAAACUCCUGGCCCACAAGAAAGAACACAUCCGCAACUUUGCUGCUGAGAGUUUCUCCUUUUUGAUGAGAAAGGUUCCAGAUUUUGAUGCUUUGUUCACACUAAUGUUCAAAGACCUGGAGCAGCAUCCUCAGAAGGCGAAGGGAGUGGGAAGGCUCAUUUUCGAGAUGUGCAAAGGAGUUCGCAAAAUGUUCCACUCUUGUGCCAAUACUGCUUUGCCAGUGGUUCUGUGGAAGCUUGGUCCAGCUGAGGAUGGAGAUGCUGAUCUUCCCUGGGAUGCUGUUAAAGAAGCUCUAGAUCAAAUGGCUGAAUCUUCAGCCAACUAUGUUGAAAAAGAGAACUUCUUGGUCCUUUGGGAUUCUUUACAGAGCUGCAUGAAGGAUGUGCUGCCAAAGCUAGAGGCAGGUGACCAAAGCCAGGCCAGUGAACACUUGGAGAGGAUCUUGUUUAUUUACCACACAUUAAUAGAUCACCGAAAAGGAGCCAGGAUCACCAAGCCAGAGUCUGUCUGCGAGACGCUGGAGUUACUGGUACAGACAAAAGGCAUGUCCUACUCCUGCUGCCAGCUGCUGCUACAAGUGGUCUCCUUAUUUCUACUGGGAGAGAAUGUGUCUGUUCCAGCCAGUCUGGCUCAAGAGCUGGUGAAAAAGGUCUUCAUCAGCGGAAUGGAUCAGGAUCUCAUUUUGGAUUUUUCUGAGGAGAUGUUUGAUAUGAAGCAGUUUGAACAGCUGUUUCUGCCGAGUCUGCUGCAGUUUGUGGAGCAGCUGUUCUGCAGUAUGCACACAGUGAGCAGACUACGUGCUCUUCAGCUGCUGGUCAGACUGAUCCUGGCUAAAGCUCAUCCGCCCACUGACGGCUCCAUGGCUUUUGAGAAGUACCCACUGGUCUUUACUGGACAGUCUGCAGGUUUGGAUCAGGCCCAGACCGAGACCAGAUCUGUUCCUCAGCUCAUCCUCUCUCUCAUAGAUGUUGAUGAGGAGAAGCCACUGUCUGAUCUCUCUCAGUUGUGGGCAGCUCUGGUGCUUCUGCCCCACAUCAGACCCCUGGAGGAAACGAGUGUGAUCCCUCCUCUCGCCGCUCUCCUAAACAGACUUCUAAAUGAAGUGCUCAGUGAAAAACUGGGCAGAGGAGGGCUGUUUGUUGCCAGACAAGCUCUGAGUACCCUGCUGAGCUUUAAGGAAACUGCAGAAAUAUCAUCUCUGCUCCCAGAUGAGCUCAUCAGGCGCAUUAUAGAGAAAUUCCCUACUGAUCUCUCUGCACUGUUGCUGCUUGACCUGUACUAUACUCGGCUGUUACUCAAUGGCUGCUCCGCCCAGCUAUCCCACAGUUCCUUGCUAGAACUGUAUCAGAUUUUGCAAACCAACUUCUCUUCCAAUGUCUCCAAGAUUCGCCUUCUGACACUGAGAAUUAUGUCACACUUUGAAGCAGAGCUUCCCAAACCAGCAGAGGGGGAGGAUAGCUCAAGUAUGCAGACUGUAUUUGCCAUCUGCCUGCAGGCUGAGCAGAUACCAGCCACGGUGCAGGACUACAGAGAGAAGCUCCUGCACCUGCGCAAACUCCGUUAUGACCUGGUGCAGCCCUGCCUUCCACAGGGACCCUUUAAACAGGUUCCACUGCGAUAUCUUAUUGCUAUGCUGUUUAUCAAUUUUCAACCUUUAUGGGAAGCUGUGAUUGAUCUAAUCACGAGUUAUGCCAGAGACAUGGACAACAAAGAGUUCUGGAAGAUCUUCUAUGAACAUCUAGAGCUGGUUGCUGGACUGGCAGAGAACGAGCUGCAGGCUGAGGAUGAGGAGGAUGAUGAUGAGGCUGGUGAUCAGAGUAAAGUCUCAUUUGGGACACGGGAGCAGGGCAUGGAUGUGAUAGAGAGUGGAGAUGUAGGAGUUCUGUUUCUGGAGCAGUUGGAGCAGACGAGCAGUCCGAACGACCGCACAGACUUCACCAACUUCCGCAGCCUGCUGUGGAAAGCUAUGGCCAAGUUUCCGGACAGGGUGGAACCUCGUAGCCGAGACCUCAGCCCCCUGCUGCUUCGCUUUAUCAGGAAUGAGUUCUAUCCAGCUGACCUUUUGGUGGCUCCUGCUCAAAACCUGACGAAGAGGCGCUGCUCUUCAUCAGACAAAGACCAGCCUGAGGCAGAAAAUGAAGAUGUGCACAUGAAAGAGGAAGAGGAAGAUGAGGAAGAACAGGAGGAGGAGUCCAAACAACGGAAAAAAAUACCAAGAAGAGCUGCAGCAAAGCAACUUAUCGCACACCUGAAGGUCUUCUCCAAAUUCUCCAACCCCAGAGCUUUGUACCUGGAACCAGAUCUACAUAAUCUUUACACACAGCUGUUGUGUCACAAGGACCAGCAGAUCCAGAAAGCAGCCCUGGACUGUAUGAUGACCUACAAAGAUCAGGACAUCGUCCCUUACAAAGAGAAUCUGGAGAGACUGCUGGACGACAGACAUUUCAAAGAUGAGAUCGUUCAGUUCAACAUCUCUGAGGAAGGAUCAGUAGUGCUGGAAUUACACCGCCCCAAACUCAUCCCUAUGCUCAUGAGGAUCUUAUAUGGACGGAUGCGCACCAAGGCUGGUAAUAAAUUUCAGGGUAAAGCUGUGGCUGCCACACGAUCUGCCAUCGUACUGCGCUUCCUGGCAGGCUGCCAGCCGGAGGAGCUGGCCAUGUUUAUGGACCUGUUACUGGAACCCGUCUGCCACUACAGCCAAGGAGCGUGCCUGGCUGCAGUAGAAAAGGCUGUAGCUGAAACAGACCUCUCUGCUGUUCUUCCUCUGGGUCGCCAGCAUGGCCUGCUGAACGUUAUCGACGUGGUGAUCAAAAAACUGGGCCACCUCAUCCGCUUUUACCUGCCCAAACUGCUGCAGAUGGUGCUGUGUGUGACUGCCUCCGUUUCCUGUCUGCUGGACCACAGAGAACAGCUGAAGGCUGGCUGUAUAAACCCGCUGAAGAACCUAAGAAGACUGGGUCUGCUGCGCAUUCAGGAAUUCUUUGACAGCUUUGAUUCCUACAGCUUCACUGCUGAUGAACUGGAUGCUGUGUUCCACUCUGUGAUCUGGCCUCAGGUUUGCCGUUUGCCCACAGAGAGCCCGUACGCUCCCACACCUCUCCUCAGACUCGUACAUGUCUGGAGCCAGAACUCCAGAUAUUUCCCUUUGCUGGCCAAGCAGAGACCUGACCACCCAGAGUGUGAUGUUUUGCUCAAUGUCUUCGCCCUGCUGUCUGCCAAGAAUGUCUCUCCCAGCACAGCAUCUAUGGUGAUGGACAUCUGCGAGAGCUUGCUGAACACGCCAGACUUUGUACCAUCUGAGGCUGAGACAGAGCUGAGUGUUAACCAGUGUGUGAUCCCAGAGUCUGAUAUCACAACAGACUCUUUGACUGUGGGUUCGAAGCUGCUCCUACCGCACAUUCCCACCCUGCUGCGGUACCUCAGCGGAGCCGUGCAGAACUCGGAUCGCAUGAAAAAGAAGAACCUCCGAGUCCAAGUCAGCAAGGAGCUCAACAUCCUGUCCAAGAUUAGCAGGUUUGUCAGUGACAAAGAACAGAGCUCGACCCUCAUCACCCUGCUGCUCCCGUACCUCUACAAACAAAUUGUUGAGGAGACGCAGAUCGACAUCCUGGGCACGGUGCACAAUCUGUUGAAGCAAUGCUCAGAGCCCAUAGUCUUCCUGAAGCCUCUGAGUAAACUCUUCUCAGUCAUCCACAGCAAGCUGCCCCGCCAGGCCCUGUGCGACAUCUUCAAGACUCUAGCAGAGCUGCAUGGUGAAUUGAAGUAUAUUACCGAUGUUGUGGUGGAGCUCAACUCAUUUGACAGCCGUCACCUGGAUGAGAUCCACUUCGAUGUGCGUCUGCUGGCUUUUCAGAAAGCCAUUAAACACAUCGGACAGAUGAGCGUGCUGGACAUGAGAUACCUCACAGCUGUCAUGCACAACUGCUUCCACUCAUUUCAGAUUGGGGACAUGUCUCUGGCAGACACCUCCACCUUGUGUCUGUCGGCUGUAAUUAAGCAGCUGGCUGCAGUGGGCUGCCCUGAGCAGGAGUACAGGGAGAUUGUGCAUCAGACUGUGCUGGAUGCAGUGAGGAGGGGGCUGAAAAGCAAGACAGAGAGUGUGAGGAACGAUUACACCACGGUUCUGGCUGAUCUGGUUAAAACCUUCCCCACCCGCUCAGAGUUCCGGGAGCUGGUGCAGCUCACCAACUACACCGACCCAGAGUCCGACUUCUUCGAACACAUGAAGCACAUUCAGGUCCACAGGAGAGGACGGGCACUCCGGAAGAUUGCCAAGCAGCUGACUGAGGGCACGGUGGUGAUGUCCUGUCGCUCCAUGCAGAACUACAUCAUGCCAUAUGCCACGAUCGCUCUGUUUGACCCCAAGCUGCUAAAGAAUGAAGCCAUGGUGUCCGCAGUAAUAGAUGUUGUGGGAGCAGUGUGCAAACGCCUCACCUGGUCCAAGUACCUCUACUACCUCAAAUACUUCAUCCAUGUGCUGCAGAUGGGUCUAGUUGAGCAGAAACUGGCUGUGAGUUUGCUGGUGACUGUUCUAGAAGCCUUCCACUUUGACCAUGCGACUCUGAGCAAAGAAGUCGAGGCAGCAAAGAAUAAAAAGGCAGAUGACCCAAGUGCUAUGGACGGAGGAGCAGAGGAUGAGGAUCCAGCCAUGGAUUCAGAUGAGAGUGAUGCUGAGGAUGUCAUGGAGACCACUGAAGCUGAUGCUGAUGCUAAAGCUGUUGAAGAGACAGAGACCAUGGAUACAGAUGGUACUGAAUCUGCCAAGUCAAAAAAAGACAAAGACAAAGACAAAAAGAGUCAGACAAAGAGUGCACCUCCUGUCCCAAACAGCGGCCUUCCGAAGAGCAAAGAGGAUCUGGAGGCUCUCAUCUCCACCAUCCACAACACUGUCAAUCAGAGCGUCCUGCCCAAGCUGCACAAGUGCCUCACAGCCAAAGUGAAGAAAGAUGAUGAACAUAAAUCAGUGAAGUCGAAGGACGUGAAGGACGAGGAGGUGGUUAGAGUGCCUAUAGCCUUUGCCAUGGUCCGAGUCAUGCAGUCCCUUCCAGUGGAGGUCAUGGAAUCCAACCUGCCUGGUGUGCUCCUCAAAGUGUGUAUCCACCUCCGGAGCCGAUUCCAGGAGAUCCGUGAUGUCGCCCGAAACACUCUGAUCAAGAUCAUCGAGGCUUUGGGACAUCGCUACCUGCAGUAUCUUCUGAAAGAGAUGCAGGGUGUGCUUGUAAAUGGUUACCAGAUCCAUGUGCUGACCUACACUGUGUUUCAACUGCUUAUGAUCCUGAAACCAUCCCUGAACGCAGGAGACCUUGAUCCUUGCAUGGACAUACUAACAGAGAUCUUCCACAAUGAACUUUUUGGUGCUCUUGCUGAGGAGAAAGGUGUCCGAGGCAUUGUCUCCAAGGUGAUGGAGGCCCGUCACAGCAAGAGCUCAGACUCCUAUGAACUGUUGGCCCAGUUCUGCAGUCAGGACCAUGUCACUAAACUGAUUGUGCCACUCAAAGGGGUGCUGGAGAAAACAGUCAGUCUGAAGGUGUCCAGACGAGUAAACGGUGUUUUGAGGAAAAUUGUUGGAGGUCUUCUGCAGAACCAGAGCAUGACGCCUCAGACCAUUCUGCUGCUGAGCCAUGGGCUGGUCAGCCAGAGCCUGCCCCUCAUCACCAGCAAGAACCAAAAGAAGCAACGCCCUCCUCCAGACCCUCGUCUGCCUCCACCCAGCUGUCUACUGUUACCCCCAACCCCAAAGAGAGGAGGCGAGAAAGCAGCUGUUAGCAGCAAGACCAACAUGCAUAUCCUGGUGGACACUGGACUUAAUCUGCUCCACUCUAGUCUGAAAAGUUCUAAGAUCAACUCCUCGGUUUCAUCAGUUCUGGAGAUGUUGGACCCAUUUGUCGCUCUUCUGCUGGACUGCCUCAGUUCCAUGCAUGUCCAGGUGAUCACGGAGGCUCUGCAGGCCUUUAUCUGGGUCCUGAAGUUCCCUCUGCCUUCUAUUAACGAGAAAGCUGAUGAGCUCACCAAGCAGCUCUUUGUCCUGCUGAAGGAUUAUGCUAAAGCAGGCGCAGGACGAGGAGAGAACUUUGAACUUGUUCAGAAUUGCUUUAAGGCCAUAAGUGUCCUGGUGAAGAGUGUGAAACACUCCAUCUCUGACACACAGCUGCAAGUGCUGCUCGGAUAUGCAGAGGAGGACAUCUAUGAUAAUUCACGUCGAGCUACUGCAUUUGGACUGCUUAGGGCGAUCUUGUCCAGGAAACUGGUGGUUCCAGAAAUGGAGGAGGCGAUGAAGAAGGUGGCCAAACUGUCAGUAAAUGGAUCAACUGAUGAAGUGCGGGUACGCUGCAGACAGAUCUAUCUAAAGUAUCUUAUGGACUAUCCUCUGGGGAAGAAGCUGAGGAGUCAUUUUGACUUCAUUGUUGCUCAGCUCAAUUACGAGUACGAUACUGGAAGACAGUCCGCUCUCGAGAUGAUGACCUUCAUUUUCCAGACAUUUCCUCAGCCUCUUCUUCUGGAGCACUGUGGUCUGUUUUUUGUGCCCCUCUCGUUGGCUAUGGUCAACGAUGACUCGGCCCGCUGUAAGAAAAUGGCCGCCCUCACCAUAAAAACAUUAUUGGAUAAGCUCGAUGUGAAGCAUCGGAACUCCAUGUUUACUCUGGUCAACAGCUGGUUAACUGGAGAGAAGAUGGCUCUGAGAAGGCUGGGAGCUCAGGUGUGUGGGCUUUUUGUAGAAGUGGAAGGAGAGAAAUUUAACCUCAGGUUGGAUUCCCUACUUCUUCUCAUAGAGAAAGAAAUCAACACAGCUAACUUUGAAGAUAUCGAGGAAGAGGAAGAUGAGAAAGCUGCCGACAGGUUGCUCUUCUGUUAUCUCACGCUUAUCACCAAACUUAUUAAGGACUGCGACUUCUUGGAGCUCCACAAACCUGCCGACACGCUGAAUAAAAUCUGGGGACAUGUUGAAGCUCACCUGCGCCACCCUCACUCCUGGGUGUGGCUAACCGCUUCUCAGGUCUUUGGCCUGGUGUUUGCAGCACAGAAACCUGAGGAGCUGCUGGCUCUGUGGCAUCCUCAUGAGAAGACCCCUAAACCUGAGCUGCCUGUGGCCUUCUCUUUUCUGGCUACCAACCUGGACAAAAAGAUGAGGGAGCUGGUCUUGUCAUUCUGUCACCAGCUGCAGUCGAAGUAUCUAGACAUUGCUGCUGGUGAACAGGUGGUGAAGAACCUGCUCUUCGUGGCCAAGGUGAUCUACCUUAUCUCACCUGAGUCCGAUUCUGUAGUGAAUGGGGCAGAGAAUGGAGAGACAGAGGACGAUAAACAAGGGGAGAAGGAGGAGGAAGAAGAGGAUGAGAAAGAUGAAGAGGAGCAGCAACAGGAACAGGAUACAGAGAAGCAAGAUGAGAAUCGGCCGCCCUCUCUGCUCUGGGUGAUGAAGAAGCUGACGCUGUUGGCUAAAAGAGAAGCAGCUCUUACACCUAAAGUGCCACUGAAGAGAACAUGCGUGUUCAAGUUCUUGGGGGCCAUGGCUGUCGACCUGGGCAAGGAGCGCCUUGGUCCUUAUCUCACCACCAUCCUUGCUCCUCUCUUCAGAGAACUGGACAGCACAUAUGCUGACCAAGAUCCCACACUGAAGAACCUGGCCCAGGAACUCAUCGAGCUGCUGAAGAAGGUGGUGGGUCUGGAGAAUUUCUCACUUGCUUUUGCUGCUGUACAGAAGGAGGCCACUCAGAGACGAGCCUCACGGAAGAAACACAGAGCCCUGCAGGCUGUCUCCAAUCCUGACGUUGCUGCUAGAAAGAAGAUCAAGAAGCACCAGAAGAAAGAUGUGGCUAAAAAGAGAAAAAUUGCAGUUUUGCAGCCAGGACACAAACCAAAGAAGCACAAAAGCAGCUCCAUCAGAGACUUGGCUAUGGUGCAGUGAUAAUUCCAGUACUUCUGAUAUGGAAUAUGAAUUAUUAACUAGCAGUCAAAUGAAUGUUGCAACUGUAUAUGUAUAUCUAAAAAUGGAUUUGGGAAGAACUGGCUGAUAUCCUGUAACUGAUCAUUUUACUGCUAAUCAGGCAAGCUAGGAUAUGCUUUGCAAGCAAGAUAUCACUUGUGGUCGGUGUCAGGUUGCCCAGCAUCUAUACAGUUGUUGUGUGGAAUUGUGCAGUUUAAUGUACAAUGUACAUUUUUUUAUGGAAAUAAAUGUAUAUGGAUGCAUUACAAAACGA